CUACAUCACACAGGCUGAUGCAAGUUGAAUGAGUGAGCUGUCAACUACGUGUGAAGAAUACUGACGAAGAUGACAGACUGUCAAGGCGAUGGCGAAGGAACCAUGAGUCCCAUGGAGCUUUUCGAGAAACUGAAUGCUCAAGGAGAAAAAGUCAGAUCCUUGAAAUCAGCUAAAGCAGAGAAAGCUGAAAUCGAUGCUGCUGUCCAGCUGCUGCUAAAGUUGAAAGUGGACUAUAAACAGACGACGGGCCAAGAUUAUAAGGCAGGAUGUCCACCUUCAGAAAACCUGAUUGUGUCAAACAACGGGCCUGCAGCAGAUGACUGUGAUGGAGAAGACUUAGUUGACCCGUGGAAUGUUUCUGCUUCCAGCACCAAAGGAGUAGAUUAUGAUAAACUCAUAGUGAGGUUUGGCAGCAGUAAAAUUGACACGGAGCUGUUGGAAAGAAUAGAAAAAGUCUCGGGACAGAGAGCCCAUCACUUCCUAAGAAGAGGAAUCUUCUUCUCACACAGAGAUAUGCAUCAGAUCUUAGAUGCGUAUGAAAAGCACAAGUCCUUCUACCUUUACACCGGCAGAGGUCCGUCCUCAGAGGCCAUGCACGUUGGUCACCUCAUCCCUUUCAUCUUUACCAAAUGGCUUCAGGAUGUGUUUGACAUCCCCCUCGUGGUCCAGAUGACCGAUGACGAGAAAUACCUGUGGAAAGAUCUCACACUUGAGGAAUGCCAUCGCUUCACUGUGGAAAAUGCCAAGGACAUCAUCGCCUGUGGCUUUGAUGUCAACAAGACCUUCAUCUUCUCAGACCUUGACUACAUGGGUGCAUCACCUCAGUUCUACAGAAAUGUGGUAAAGGUCCAGAAGCACGUGACAUUUAACCAGGUUAAAGGCAUCUUUGGCUUCACAGACAGCGACUGCAUUGGAAAGAUCAGUUUUCCAGCCAUCCAGGCAGCUCCGUCCUUCAGUAGCUCAUUCCCGCAGAUAUUCGGCGGCAAAAAAGAUGUACCGUGUCUCAUCCCCUGUGCCAUAGACCAGGACCCCUACUUCAGGAUGACCCGUGAUGUCGCUCCAAGGAUCGGCCUCCUCAAACCAGCCCUGCUGCACUCCACUUUCUUCCCUGCCCUGCAGGGGGCGCAGACUAAGAUGAGCGCCAGCGACCCCAACUCAUCUAUCUUCCUCACUGACACACCCAAGCAGAUCAAAAACAAGAUUAACAAACACGCAUUUUCGGGAGGAAAAGACACAGUGGAAGAGCACAGAAAGUAUGGUGGCAACACAGAGGUAGAUGUCUCUUUCUUGUAUCUGACCUUCUUCCUGGAGGAUGAUGAAAAGCUGGAGAAGAUAAAAGAGGACUACACAAGUGGGGCUCUAUUAACAGGAGAACUGAAGAAGAUUUUGAUUGAGACUCUGCAGCCAAUGAUUGCCCAGCAUCAAGAGAGGCGAAAACAAGUCACAGAUGAGAUGGUGCAGCAGUUCAUGACACCCAGGCCUUUAAAUCAUAAGUUCUAGCUUGCUUGGGCAUGAGCAGUCAGGGUUCACCAUGUGGUUAAGAUCAGUAUAAGAACAAAAAAAGAAUCCUGCUUUAUUUCCAUUUGAAGUCUUUUUAAUGGGAAAGAAGGACAAUUUCUCUUACAGUUUACAACCAAACUGGAGGUACAAAAAAAGAAAGAAAAAUCGUAAAUAAUAAAUAUAAAUCACUGGAGUGA